AUGCCAGCAAAAGAGGUGCUUCAGGAGGCCAGUGCCCCACCACAGCUGAGCUCCCGCUGUAGAAGGGUGGGCUGGCAGCAUACCGUCCUGGGGCCGCACCCACGCCUGCCUCGACAGCCUGUCAUUGACUUUCAGGUGCAGGAGGCCAGCCCUGAGCUGUCCCCAGAGGAGAGAAGGGUCUUGGAAAGGAAAUUGAAGAAGGAACGGAAAAAGGAAGAGAAAAAGCGCCUGCGGGAGGCGGGCAUCGCUGCGGCUCAGACAGCCAAGAGCCAAACCCUGGCAGCCAAGCCCUCGGCGGCUGUUCUGGCCCUGGAGUACCUCCAAGGGUGGGCCCAGAAGCAGGAGAGCUGGAGAUUCCAGAAGACGAGGCAGACGUGGCUCUUGCUGAACAUGUAUGAUGAGGACAAG